GAUAAAGUAUUUAAGUCGAGUUGGAGGCAGUGAUGUACCUGAAAUUGUAAAACGAUUGAUGUAUAAAUUGUUAACAAAUGAAGUUGGAAAUUUAUUCAGUUGGGAUGGAGCCAAAGGAAAGAGAAAAUUCAAAUGUUUAAAGUUAGCCAAUGUCAUUUUAGAUACUGUGCGAGCUAACAAUCACACUAAAAAUGCCACAGAAGCCGAUAUUAUUGUCUACAUAAAAAAAUGGUUGGUGCGAUCAAAGGAUCGCAUGCAUCUGGAAGAUAAGCGAAGAAGACGGAAUGAAAAUCAGGAAGAAGAGGACGGAAAUCAGGAAGAAGAGGACGGAAAUGAUACUAUGUAA